CUAGGAAAUAUGAAGAGAUAGACAUGGAUAAAGUGACAGCUGCUAUGGUACUGACCAGCUUGUCUACAAGUCCGCUGGUUCAGAAUCCUUCAGUUCGACUUACUGCAGAUGUGAAUGGAUCAUGGCAAGAGACGGGGUGCGCACCAUCCAGCCAUGACAGCAGUGGUUACUGGAGCUGGAGUAACACAAGUGACCAUUCCAAUCCAUCAACUCCAUCACCCCCUUUAUUUGCAGACAACUUCAGACAAUACCGAUGUACAGCUCAUCCAGACGACAACGCUGAUGAUACUGACAAUGGCAACCUGCUGUUUGAAGAUCCUGUCCCAAGAAAGAGAAAGAACUCAAUGAAAGUGAUGUUCAAAUGUCUGUGGAAAAAGUGUGGGAAAAUUCUAAGCACUGCUGCUGGGAUCAAGAAACACAUUCGGACCAUUCACCUUGGCCGCAGUGGAGAAUCUGAUGAUUGUGAUGGUGAAGAAGACUUCUACUAUACAGAGAUCAGACUAAACAAUGACUCUGGCACCGAAGGAUUCUACAGCCUGUCUGCUGUAUCUCCAACCUAUGCAUCGGUUCCGUCUACAGUACUCCUUCCUAGUGCUGGAAGUUAUGAAACCAUCUAUACCAAGACAGACACCAAGCUAAACACCUGUCUGAGUAGAUCAGCUCCAAACACCUAUUACUUAGUGAAUUCAGAUCAUGCUUAUCAGGUAAACCAUGAAAAUUAA